UAGAUAAAAAAAUGUCUACAUUCUCUGCAGUUCUCACAAAGCAAAAUACUGCAAUUAACUCAAGUGAAAACAACAUUUCUUCUACAAAACCUUUUAAUUUCAAGAAGUAUAUGGUGGAGAAAGUGAAAUCGGUGCACAAAGCAUUGGAUAUGGCUGUGGAAUUAAAGCACCCUGAAAAAAUUUAUAAGGCUAUGAGAUAUUCACUCCUUGCAGGAGGGAAAAGGGUUCGCCCUGUUCUUUGCAUUGCCGCCUGUGAGCUUGUAGGCGGCAAUGAAUCCACAGCGAUGCCUGCUGCAUGCGCUCUGGAGAUGAUUCACACAAUGUCUUUGAUUCAUGAUGAUCUCCCCUGCAUGGACAACGACGACCUUCGCAGGGGGAAACCCACCAACCACAAAGUGUAUGGUGAGGAAGUCGCUGUACUGGCAGGGGACUCGCUACUGUCCUUCGCCUUUGAGCACCUGGUUACUGCUACCCCGCUGGACCAGGUCUCCCCUUGCCAGGUUGUUCGUGCAGUCGGGGAACUGGCAAGGGUUAUCGGGGCUGAAGGGCUCGUGGCGGGACAGGUGCUUGACAUCGACUCUGAAGGGGCAGUCGAUGUCAGCCUGGAGCAACUUGAGUUUAUACACAUUCACAAGACUGCUAAACUCCUUGAGGGAGCAGUUGUUCUUGGAGCCAUUGCUGGGGGUGCAACCGAUGAGGAGGUGGAAAAGUUGAGGAAGUUUGCCACAAGAAUUGGAUUGUUGUUUCAGGUUGUGGAUGAUAUAUUGGAUGUAACAAAAUCGUCUGAGGAAUUGGGAAAAACAGUGGGAAAAGAUUUGGUGGCAGAUAAGAUAACAUUCCCUAAGUUAAUGGGGAUUGAGAAAUCAAGGGAGUAUGCUGAGAGGUUACUUAAGGAGGCUAAAGAACAGCUUGUUGGGUUUGAUUUAGAGAAGGCGAAACCAUUGAUUGCUCUUGCUGAUUAUAUUGCUUAUAGGCAAAACUGAAUGUCGUGUGGUAUAUAUAGAAAGUGCAAGCAAGGAGAAAAGUUGCCUUAUGUAUGACAAAUAUAUCUAGGAGUUCCUAUUUAAUUACUCCGUAAAUAAUAGUAAAAAAAAAAAAAAAAAAAAAAA